AGAGACUUCCCGAGGGAAGCGAGCGGUGAUCGCCAUCGCCUUGAUUACUGCUGUGCUGGGACUUCCCUUGUGGUGGAAAACUACUGAGACGUACCGCGCCUCGCUGCCCUAUUCCGAGAUCAGAGGGCUGGAAACCUUACAGCUCCAGCUGACUGUGCCAGUUGAAAUAAUAUUUGGGAAAGCAAUACUGACAGCAGAGCAACAAAGAAGAAUUCCCUCAACAUGGUCACAGGAGACCAAGACUGUAAUAAAUGAUCAGACAAGUAUUACCCGUCAUUAUGAGUUCAAGUAUAGAAGGACAAGCAAUGAAGAGGAGGAAGCACUUGGUCUCCAGAGUUUGAAAGAUGCUGAUAAUGCUCUCCAGAAGCUAGGUGAAACGGCACAAGGUUCUAUUACUAUCUUCAUUUUACAAGAAUCUUCCAUUCUUCUACCUAAGGGCAUCAGUGUUUAUAUUGGAAAGCAUCGCAGAGCACUAGUCAAGUGUACCUUGAGUCCAUCCUUGAGUUCUGAAGACAUUCUCAACACCGUCUACAAGAAAGUAGAGCAUGUCAUUCAAACCAUGUCAUUUACAGAUGAAACUGUCACUGCAGCGUUGUCUGAUAGGAUUCCCACUGGCAAGUUCAGCAAAGAAGACUUUGAAAAUAGCAGGCGUGCAUUUAAGUCGAGCGCAGGUUAUGAAAUUACAUUCAGCUUGCUCAAUCCAGAUCCUAAAUCCCAUGACCUGAGUUGGAACAUAAGCUCAGCUUCAGACCAGUUUAUUCAGCCAUUUUUAGACAAGCUGCAGAACGUGGCUAACUUCUCUGUGGAUUCUCAGACUUUAUAUUAUGCCAUGCUCGGGGUCACACCUCGCUUUGAGAAAACAACAUCAAGCUAUAUACUGAACUUGCACAACCUACCUCAUGUCAUUAACCCAGUGGAGGCUCGGCUGGGCUCCAGUGCUGCCUCACUCUACCCAGUGCUGAACUUCUUGCUAUAUAUUCCAGAGUAUUCCCACUCUCCUCUUUACAUCCAGGAUAAAGAUGGAAGCAGAAUUCCUACAAAUGCAUUUCAUAGUCCCCGCUGGGGAGGGAUCAUGAUAUAUAAUGUUGAUUAUGGAAACGCUGGAGAGCUGCAGUUCCCAGUACACAUUGAUAUUGACAUGGUGCGAGUGAUGGAAGUUUUCCUGACACAACUGCGAUUACUAUUGGGUAUCACAAAGGCCACUGUGCCUGAGAACUACCAGCUUGAAAGCCCAGGAAACGAGGGUCUGACUGACUGGGAACUAGACCGCCUCCUUUGGUCCAGAGUGGUAGAGAAUAUUGCAACAGUGGCAACCACAUUAACCUCUUUGGCUCAGCUGCUUGAUCAGAUCGGCAACAUAGUGAUAAAUGAUAUUGUUGCUUCGGAGGUGUACCAUGCAGUGUCCUCUGUUCAGAUUGCCUUGUCUGAGCUGGAAGCAGGUCACUUGGAGUCGGCAUUUCAAGCAAGCAAGGAGGCAAUCAGCUCUUCUGAGAAGGCAUUUUUUGACCCCUCUCUCCUUCACCUCUUGUACUUUCCAGAUGAUCAAAAAUUUGCCAUUUACAUUCCUUUAUUCUUACCCAUGGCCGUUCCCAUCUUUCUGUCUCUGAUAAAGAUUGCCAAGGAAUACAAGCAAAGCAAAAAGGAGCCCAUGAAAACGGACUGAGGGUUUUACCAUUACUGAAGAUAACUACUUUGACUUGUAGGAAGCAAACACUCUUGCCUGUGUUCAUUCAACAUUAUGGAAAUUGUACCGCUGCCCCUUUUUUAAAGCGGUAGAAUCUCAUGGGCGGUGCUUCAUUUGACUUUUGGUUCAAUUUGGUUUUUCCCUUGCCACUUGCCUCUGCUUGUGAGGAUCAGUGUCAUUGCAUGCUAAUUUAUACUGCAUGGAAUUCACCUGUACCGCCACCAAAGCUGGUACUUGCUUCACAGUCUCUCAUUUACGUUUAAUCCCACAGAGAGGCUUGGAAACGAACAACAGAAUCUCAGGGAACCAAGCCUUGUGCAUUUAUUUAUUAAUUUCCUAGGGAAGAUAAUGAUGGAUUUGUGACAAUGAGUUUGCCUUUGGAUAAAGCCAGAGCCUUAGUUACCCUUAACCUUUCUAACUCCUGUAUUAUAUUUGAAAUGUUUGUAAAUUCUGUAUUCCAUCAACAGAUUUUGUGUGCUGGUAAAUACUUGGCUCUGAGCAGAAUGAUCAAGGUUAUUUAUAACCAGCUCCGCAAACAAGAGCAAACCAGUAGGCCCCACUAACUGGAAUAAAAUGCACUAUUAUGAAUACACAGAGGCACGCAGGCUUGUCCCCCAGAACCUAAAUAAAUGUCAUUUUGUGUGACUGUUAAUAAAUAGGUUAAACGUCC